UAUAAUUGAGAGUCCUGCAACAGCUUCUCGUAUGAAUGUCUAAAUGACUGUUUUUACAGACCAAUGUGCUCAACGUGUCCAGAAGAACCUGAAGUUGAUUCUGAAGCAGAAGUAUGAGUGCAUAUAUGAAGGGGUUGCUAAGCCAGGAAAACAUGCCCUCCUCAAGAAUAUUUACACAGAGCUCUUCAUCACAGAGGGGGACUGUGAACGGGUCAAUAAUGAACACGAGGUGUGGCAGAUUGAAACAGCAACCAGGACACAGCCUACACAAGACACUGCAAUUAAAUGCAACGACAUCUUUAGACCCUUAGCUGGACAAGGCAGACCCAUCAAAACUGUAAUGACCAAGGGCAUCGCUGGUAUUGGAAAAACGGUCUCUGUGCAGAAGUUCAUUCUUGACUGGGUGGAAGGAAAAGCUAAUGAGGAUAUUGAUUUCAUGUUUGUCCUUCCUUUUCGGGAGCUGAACUUACUUAAUGAUGAGCAGCACAGUCUCCUUGAGCUUCUGCAGGUAUUUCACCCUGGAACGAAAGAGUUUGAAAACAUUGAGCCUGAAAAUUACAAGGUUUUGUUCAUCUUUGAUGGUCUGGAUGAAAGCAAACAUCCCUUGAAUUUCAGACACAAUAAGAUCCUGUCUGAUGCAAGGAAGACAUCCCCAGUGGAUGUGCUACUGACAAACCUCAUUAAGGGGAAUCUACUUCCCUAUGCUCUCCUCUGGAUCACCUCCCGACCAGCAGCAGCCAAUCAGAUCCCUCCAAAAUGCAUCCACCGACUGACAGAGGUCAGAGGGUUCAAUGAUGCACAGAAAGAGGUGUAUUUCAGGAAAAGAUACGCAGAUCAGAAUCUGGCUGGUAGAAUUAUCUCACACAUAAAGACAUCCAGGAGUCUGCACAUCAUGUGCCAUAUACCAGUCUUCUGCUGGAUGUCUGCCGCUGUUCUGGGGAGACUUUUGGGUGGAACUGACAGGGAAAUAAUCCCUAAAACUCUGACUGAAAUGUACACACAUUUCCUGCUCAUUCAGUCAGACUUCAAGAAUGAGAAAUAUGAGGACAGAUCUGAGAAGUCAGAGAAAGAAAUCCUCCUAAAACUGGGGCAGCUAGCUUUUCAACACCUGAAGAAGGGCAAUCUGAUGUUUUAUGAGGAGGACCUGCAAGAGUGUGGCAUUGAUGUCACAGAAGCUUCUGUGUACUCUGGGGUGUGCACAGAGAUCUUUAAAGAGGAGCCUGUGCUGCAUCAGAAGAAAGUCUACUGCUUUGUGCAUCUGAGCCUGCAGGAGUACAUGGCUGCUUUGUAUGUGAUUCAUUCCUUCAUCAGCAAGAACUUCAGGGCAUUGAAGAAUUUUUUUGGUCUAAAGACUUUAGCGCCACUCCAUGAUUUGCACAAGAAAGCUAUUAAGAAGGCUUUGGAGAGUGAGAAUGGACAUCUGGACCUCUUUCUCCGAUUCCUUCUGGGCCUCUCACUGGACUCCAAUCAGCGCCUUCUCCCAGGUCUACUGCCAGAGACUGGAAGCAACUCUGAGAGCAUCCAGAAAACAGUUCAGCACAUCAAGGUCUUUAAAGAGAAAGAUCCCUCUCCAGAAAGAUGCAUCAAUCUGUUUCAUUGUUUGUCUGAACUCAAUGAUGAUUCAAUUCUGAUGGAAACCGAAAAGUUGGAGCAUUCCAGUCAAAAGUUCUUACCUGCGCACUGCUCCAUCCUGGCCUAUACACUCCUCAGAUCGGAAAAGGCGUUUGAUACAUUUAACCUGAGAGGGUACAACACCUCAGAAGAGGGGCGAAGGCGACUGGUCCCAGCUGUGAAGUGUUGCAAGAAGGCUGUACUCAGGGGCUGUAAUCUCACAGAGAAAUCUCUUCAGCUCGUGGACUCCGCCCUGCAGUCAGUCUCCUCCCCCCUCAGAGAGCUGGACCUCAGCAACAACAACCUGCAAGAUUCAGGAGUGGAGCUGCUCUGUGCUGGACUGAAGAGCACAAACUGUAAACUACAGACUUUGAGGCUCAGGGAGUGUUAUCUCACAGAGGGCUGCUGUGAUGUUCUGGCCUCAGUCCUGCGUUCUCCUCACUCAGAGCUGAGUAAUCUGGAGCUCAGAGACAACAAGCUGCAGGACUCAGGAGUGAGAGCGCUCUCUGCUGGACUGGAGGACCCACACUGUAAACUGCAGAGACUGGGGCUGUCAGGCUGUGGAGUCACAGAGAGAGGCUGUGAUUCUCUGGCUUCAGCUCUGCGUUCAAACGCCUCACACCUGAGAGAACUGGACCUGAGCUAUAAUCACCCUGGAGACUCAGGAGUGAGAGCGCUGUCUGCUGCUAAACUGGACACACUCACACUGCUUGUAGACCAUGGAGGAGAGAUCAGGCUGAAACCAGGACUGAGGAAAUAUGCUGUUGCACUCACACUGGACCCCAGCUCUGUACACAGAAAGCUGUCUCUGUCUGAGGGGAACAGGAGGGUGACAUGGGGGAAUGAGCAGCCAUAUCCCGAUCAUCCAAAGCGAUUUAGCAUGUAUCACCAGGUGCUGUGCCAGGAGGGGCUGUCUGAGCGCUGCUACUGGGAGGCAGAGUGGGAGGUGGAGAAGGGUGGGAAAUGGCCCUGUCUCGCAGUGGCCUAUGAAACGCUUGGCAGGAAAGGACGGGGUGCUGAAAUGCAGUUUGGACACAAUGACAAGUCCUGGAGUCUGUGCUGUUCUAAACAGAAGUACUCUGCCGCUCACAGAAAUAUCUCCACUGACAUACCUACUGCCCCCCCUUCCUGCAGAGUAGGGGUGUACCUGGACUAUCCGGCCGACACUCUGUCCUUCUACAGCGUCUCCUCUGACACACGUACCCUCCUGCACACUUUCCACAGCACCUUCACCCAGCCCCUCUACCCUGGGUUUAAACUGAAUAAGGGCAACUCGCUGUCCCUGUGCAUGCUGGGAUAGGUUCCUGGGUGUGUGGCUCUCGGUGUAAAAGAAAAUCUUAAUGUGCAAGAAAUUCCAGAAGUCGACCAGCUCAUGCCUCGGCACAGUGAGUGAGUCUGCCUGCAAGAGGGG